UGAAACCACAGUCAACUGUUUUGACCACAUUCGAUUUGAAUCGAGUGCGUCUCUGAUUCUGAUGACCCCAACGAAGUCCGUAUCUUUUGACCAAAAAUAUAUAUGAACAUGUGUACUUAUAUAAAUUGACGUUUGCGGUUAAAUGUUUACAACUCGAAAUUCAGCUGAAAAUUUAACAAAAAAAAAAAAUAAAAAUGAGGUGUAGAGAAAAAUGGAAUGAACGGCAAACCAGUUUUCGGUAUAGACCAGGCAGAGGCAGGCCAACAACAAACAAGCCUCAAGCAUCGUGGAAAAAAUACAAAGUUUUAAUUGGUUGCGCAAACAAAAGCACAAAACGAGCGUCUAAACAAAUCGAAGCCACUCGUCAGUCGGCGGUCAGAAGUAAGUAACGACAACACCAACUACAAAAUGGACCUGUGAGUUUAUUUCGUCAUUUGUAUAAAAAACACCUUACACUUAAUAAGUGGCGCAUGUAAAGCUCGCAGAGGGCGAUAGCUCGAGGGAUUAUCGUGGCUCAGGACUCAUACCAAUCGAGUAGUGUGCUAGGAGGUCAGCCAGAUAUCACGAUUGAGCAAAUGGAAUGAGCGACUGUUAAUACUCUUGUGCAUGCUCAUGCUCACGCUCAUGAAUGACGUUCAAAAUCGAAAACCUGAAAUGAAGCUUCUACCUGCUGACCAGGUCCAAAGCGAUGGCGAGCUGUGAGAGUGACAGGGAGAGCCAGAAACGGAGAGAGUGAGUGAGUGGGAGAGGGAGAUGUUGUUUUCGUGCGCUUACCUGUUAGAAGGUGUGGCCAAACGAAUUGCGAUCAGCGGCGAUCCUCAUUGAUCACACGAGAGAGCGAGAUGACAAUACGUUGGCAUUCGUCGACAAUGGCUGAGAAAGAGUUGACUCAGCCAUUGAGCCAAACGUGUAAACAAGAUGGCAUGGGCAACAACUCGGCCAAAGAGAAAUAGAGGUAACAUCUCGCCCAGCGGCUCGACUACUAAAACGCAAGCACGGCUUGUGAUGGUUGAAAAAAUUAGCACCGACCAUCAAUCAUUAGCUAGGGAACGGUGGCAACGCAAACAACGUAUUCGACGGCGGCCCAAAAUCGACGACGGCAACUCGAAAAGUCCCACAAAAAAUUCGACGCAAACGUUGAGCGAUUCUCUAUUCCUUUCGAGGUCUGAUUAAUCGGUAUCUGUGAACUUCUUUUGAGGUGUGGACGAAGUCCGAAAUCCGAAUAAACCGCAAAAAAAACUUAAAUAACUGCGUGCGCGAUUGUGUCUGCUGUGUGUGACUUAGUGCGCGAUAAAAAAGACGAUAAAACUCAAUCUACUAUUAGCUUCAAGGGAUUACAAGAACAAGCACCGCCGGUGCGAGCCGGACAAUAUUCACAAAUUAUUUGACAUGACCACGUCGCAUAUCUUGUCCGCCGUGGAUCCCACGACGGGGCUAAAUGGAAAUGUGGCAGCUGGAGGUAGUGGCGGUGGUGGUAAUGGUGGUGGUGGUGGUGGUGGAGGCGAUUCACCUUCUUCACACCACGCAGGUCACAAUGGACACGGCCAUGGGCAUGGCCAUAGCCAUGGACUAGGUGUCGGCGGCAAUGCGGUUGCAUUGGGCACAGCUGGCGGAGGAGGCGGUGGGCAUCGCAUUGUCGGCGGUGCGGGUAGCCCCAAUGAACUGGAUCGCAAUCUCCGUGUCUCGCUGGACGAUCGCGAGCUUUGGCUCCGCUUUCAAAAUCUGACCAACGAGAUGAUCGUCACCAAGAAUGGCAGGAGAAUGUUUCCGGUUGUGAAAAUCAGUGCCUCCGGCCUGGAUCCGGCUGCCAUGUACACGGUUUUACUGGAAUUCGUGCAGGUUGAUACCCAUCGCUGGAAGUACGUCAAUGGUGAAUGGGUGCCUGGCGGUAAGGCAGAGGUGCCACCUUCGAACCCUAUAUAUGUACAUCCCGAGUCACCUAAUUUCGGAGCCCAUUGGAUGAAGGAACCGAUUUCAUUUGCCAAAGUCAAACUGACCAACAAGACCAAUGGCAACGGACAGAUAAUGCUUAACUCAUUGCAUAAGUACGAGCCACGAGUUCAUCUGGUGCGAGUGGGCUCCGAGCAGCGCCAUGUGGUCACCUACCCGUUUCCAGAGACUCAGUUCAUUGCGGUGACCGCAUAUCAGAACGAGGAGGUCACUUCACUCAAAAUCAAGUACAAUCCAUUCGCAAAGGCCUUCUUAGAUGCUAAGGAGCGUCCCGACACGCUCUACCCGCACGACACCCACUAUGGCUGGCUCAUACCACCACCCACUCACUACGCGAGUGCCGCAGCGGUUGCAGCACCACCACCACCACUCUCCAUGGCACAGACGCAUGCCUUAGUAGCGCCUUCAUCUGCAACCUCCUCCACCUCGGGCAACAUUUCCACCAGCUGCGACCGCUACGGCCGCUCUCUGUCCACUCGCAGCGCGGCGCCUAACCGCUCGACGCCGUACAGCCGGCCGCGUGUUGUCUCUGGCUCCGGCUCGAAUGGCAGCGCAAACGCGUCUUCUUCCUCGCCGCAGCCUCCAUCUGCUCCGCAAACACCCACAAGUCUCCAAUCGUCGAUCGGCUCGGUCAGCACCAGCAGCGGCACAAACACAAGCGUCAGCGCAGGCAGCAGCGGUGUCAGCGGCUGUUUCGCCAGUUCCUACUCGCAGUCAGGCUUCGUUCCUGUGGAAGCGAGCUCCACUGCAUCGGUAUUCUCGUAUCCCAGCAGCUGGCAGAGCAACAGCAACUACUGGAGCUCGACAAGCGUGCCUGGACCCAUGCCCGUGAGCGUGUGCAGCACCCGCAACAUAUCUACGCACAAUUCGCCUUCACCCACAAACGGUUCGCCAAGCUAUACGACACCAUCGCCAGGAUAUACCAUACACCACCUGACGCCGCAUAGCCACCAGUACAAUAUGCCCCAAUCGGAUCUCUACGCGAGUGGAGCAGCCUGCUCGAGCUCUCCGCAAACCUAUGGUGCACCCACACAUCAGGUCUACCAUCCGACGCCCACCUCACCCUCCCACCAGCUGUACCCAAACGUGCUAAACGGACCCUCAGCGCUGAGCUAUCCAAGCAGCGGCUGGCACAAUGGCUCGGGCGCCGAGUACGGGCUGUACCAAAACGCAGCUGCUGCCUAUUACCAGCCGGAGUAUAUACCACUCGAGAUAGGCUAUGCCACCCAUCCGCUGGAGCCCGUGGACGUAACGAAGACGCUUGAUGAAUCACAGUCCGCCAUGUACAAGCCAGCCGAAGAGCAAACCUCCGUCAUCACACUGGAGUGCCCCAGUGCCAAUGGUCUUAAAACAGGCCACAAUCACAACGACAUCAAGCUGGAGUCCCUCGAGCACAACGUGGAUCGCACUACACUUCCGAAUGUGCCCUUGCCCAACUCCUUGCCUGUGCCCAGUUCUCUGCCUACAGGAGUGCCCACUUCCGUGGUCACAGCUGUCACUGCUGACACUUGGACACCGCUAACACCACCCCAAAGCACUCUGCAGUGAUGGCCAGCUAAUUAAAAAAUAACAACAACAACAAAAACCAACUCAAAGACAGCCAAUGCACCGCCCCAGCCUUUAGACGCAUGUUCCCUACUUGGAUAAAUCGAGUAAUUGAAUUAAAUAUUAAGACCCCUUUUUAAGUAGCACAGCAUGCAAAGUACACUGUAGUAAAUGUGGAAGUACUCUGAGACGAGUUUCCCUAAAGUUUUUAUUGAAUUAUCUAUAAAAUAUAUAU